AUGACGUUCGACAACGUCUUCCAGGGCGGCGCGUCGGUGGAUGUGUUUGGCGCCUCCGGCUCCAACCCGCUCGACAAGUGGAAGGUCAGUGGCGCCGGUGUGCAGAAGGUGUACGACAAGAGCGUGCGUGGCUACGUGCUCCGCUGCGACGGCGACCGUCCGUCCAUUCGGAUGCCAAAGGACGAGCGCCGCUCGCUCGGCCUCGUCCAGCCCUUCCUCGUGCUGCAGGUCCUCCUCUCGGACGACCGCUCCUUCUCGUUCGAGCUCCACGUGUCCGACAAGGGCAAGACCCGCCGCCGGAUCCUCUUCUCGACGUCGUUCCGCGAGCCGGCGAGCACGCCGCUGCACACGCGGAUCCCGCUCGCCGCGGUCGCGCGCGGCGUCUGGCUCAACCUCGUCUUUGACCUCGUCGACCUCGUCUCGUGCAACUUUGGCGGCGCCGGCUUUGGCCGGCUCGACGGCAUCUGCAUCGGGUCCGCGUGCACGCUGCGGCGGAUUUGCACGCUGCGCGACCCGCCCGGAGACGCGCCUUGCGCGCCCGACGGCCACUCCGGCCUCGCCGUCGGCGCCUCCGCCCCGCGCGGCUUCGAGCUGCCUUCGGGCGUGCCGACAGCCGACCGGCGCUGUUGCCUAGAAGCGGAAUACUCGGUCCUCGCGAGCAUGCCCGCGGAGGGGGAGGCGGCACCGCGCGGUGCGCCGUCGGCGUCGCCCGAGGGAGGCGCCGCCGCCUCGCUCUGCGCCUCGCCGUGCGGGCACGCCCUCGACUCGGCCGCGCCGCGCCAGCCUCCGUGGGCCCCGGCCUCGUGGGCUGCGGCGGCGCCUCCGGGGAGCAGCGGGCAGGCGGGGAGCAGCGGGCAGGCGGGGAGCGGCGGGCCGGCCCUCUCGUCGCCCGCGCCGCGGAGGCACGCGCACCGAACCGCGCUGCCGGCGGCGGCGGGGCGAGGCGUUUGGUGCGGCGAGGGCGACGGUGCAGACUCGUGCGACGGAGGAGGAGGAGGGCUGACAUCGUCCUCGCUGGUGCUGCAGCGGCGAUACUCGGAGCUGCAGCGGCGGCGGCAGAGGCUUCAGCAGCUGGAGGAGUCGUUCGAGCGGCAGUACGGCGACGUGCAGGCGGCGCAGCGCACCCUCGCGCAAGAGGCGAGGGAGAGUGGCAGCGGCAGCGGCGCGGAUGACGAGGCGGGGAGCGAGGACGACACCGCGUCAGAGGCGAGCAGCCUCGCCGCCGUGCGCGAGCUCGGCCUCCUCUCGCGCCGCGGCGGCGAGGGGAGCGACGGCAGCAGCGCGUCGGAGCCCGAGAGCGCGAUCUCCGAGGAGGAGAUUGCGACCUCCGAGGAGGAGACUGCGACCUCCGAGGGGGGGGCGCUCCAGGGCGAGGGCGGGGGUGGUCGGCCCGCCCGGCGGCAGGCCGCUCGCCGCGUGGACGGGGGGGCGUCUGGCUUCGUGCGCGAGUGCGCGAGCGGAGGCGGUGUGUACGACCCGUCCGAGUACGAGGCAGAGCGAGGGGGCGGCGGGCGGGCAGGCGGAUCUCCGCCCGGCGGCCGAGCAGGGCGAGGGGGGCACGUGGCACAGGCCACAGCCGCUUCUCUCUUCGUCUUGUGCCGUGCGGAUGCGGGCGACGCGCUCAAGCGCUAA